AUGAAAUUUAGAAUUUGCCCUAAUAAUCAUAACUGGAAGAAACUCCUGUCGAAGGCGCGAAACUUGAUUAGUGUUGGACACGCUUCCGUCGCCAUGGCUGACAUUCAGAUCCACAAGACCAAACUCUGCAUCAUCGGAAGCGGUCCUGCCGCCCACACCGCCGCUGUGUACGCCGCCCGCGCUGAGCUGAAGCCGAUCCUCUUCGAAGGAUGGAUGGCGAACGACAUCGCCCCCGGCGGUCAGCUCACCACCACCACCGACGUCGAGAACUUCCCUGGCUUCCCCGACGGCAUUCUAGGCGGCGAGCUCAUGGACCGCUGCAGGAAGCAGUCGCAGCGCUUCGGCACCGAGAUCCACACUGAGACCGUCUUCAAGGUCGAUUUCUCAAGCCCUCCUUUUAGGGUUUUCACCGAUUCCCGCACCGUGGAGGCCGACUCCGUCAUCGUCGCGACCGGCGCUGUCGCCAAGCGCCUCCCGUUCCCCGGUUCCGGCGAAGGGCCCGACGGCUACUGGAACCGAGGGAUCUCCGCGUGCGCAGUCUGCGACGGUGCCGCGCCAAUUUUCCGGAACAAACCGCUGGCGGUGAUUGGCGGCGGGGACUCGGCCAUGGAGGAGGCGACGUUCCUCACUAAGUACGGUUCGGAGGUGUACAUAAUUCACCGGAGGGACACGUUCAGGGCCUCGAAGAUUAUGCAGAGCAAGGUGAUGAAUAAUAGCAAGAUCAAGGUGAUCUGGAAUUCGGUGGUUGUUCAAGCCUAUGGAGGCGCAGAUAACAAGAGGGUGCUUGGGGGACUGAAGGUGAAGAAUGUGGUGACUCAAGAGGUGUCUGAAUUGAAGGUAUCCGGGUUGUUUUUCGCAAUUGGGCACGAGCCUGCGACCAAGUUCUUGGACGGUCAGCUUGAACUGGAUUCUGAUGGCUACAUCGUUACCAAGCCGGGGACUACGAAGACAAGUGUUGAGGGAGUGUUUGCUGCUGGGGAUGUUCAGGACAAGAAGUAUAGGCAAGCUAUUACUGCUGCUGGCUCUGGUAUGUUAUAG